GCCUUCUAUUCUUUGUUUUUGUUUUUUCUUUGGCCAGAGAAAUUCUCAUCCUGGUACAAUCAAAUCAAAUCAAAUUUUCCAUAAACUUGUAAAUUUGUGACCUUCUCCAAUCAUAAUUGCUUACUUCUCUUACUGCCUUCCCAAUCGCUGAUCGAAUUUUCUGGUUUUUUACUUUUAGGUGAGAUUUGGCUUGAAUUCCAACUUCCGAAUCCGUUCUCUCCGUCGUUUUGUCCCCCAUAAAGGAGGUUCUUUGUUUUUACUAUAUUCCUUAACAGUUUCCAGUGUUUCGCAAACUUUGGGAAUAUCUAUAGGUUGAAAAGAUAUGAAUGAUAAAUCUUGGAAUUGGGCUAUAGGAUUGGUAUAUAUAGUAUCUGUGGCAGCAAUUUGGAUUGCUGCUAGCUUCGUAGUUCAGUCUGUCGUAGACGCAGGGAUAUCACCCUUCCUUAUCACAUACAUUUGCAAUUCAUUGUUUGUGCUGUACAUUCCGAUUGUUGAAAUUGGACGAUAUUUGGAGGAUUCUUAUGGGAGUUUAUGUUUUUGGAGGAGAGAGGAGGAAAGUAGCGAUUUGGAAGUGAUAGGGGAAUCAGAGCAGGCUAUUCUUCUCGAAGACAAUGAGGCAAGUAACGAAGCUCGUUCGUCCUUGCCCGAUGAAGAGCUUGUCAGUCAGAAGAGGAUUAGUGGUGAAGAGACAUCACCCUAUAAAGGUAGUUUGACUGAGGAACUUAAAAAUCAAUCGGAUGCAAAAGGGCGUUGGACUCGAUACAGGAUGGCUAAAGUCAGCCUAUUGAUAUGCCCAUUUUGGUUCCUUGCCCAACUCACUUUUAACCUCUCGCUGAAGUAUACUACAGUUACAUCAAAUACUAUCCUAAGCAGUGCAUCCAGUCUCUUCACAUUCUUGGUCUCUCUAGCAUUUUUGGAUGAGAAAUUCACUUGGAUAAAGCUCUUUAGUGUUCUUCUUUGCAUGGGAGGAACAAUAAUUGUAAGUCUUGGUGAUUCACAAAGUGGUUUAAGCACAAUUGCUUCAAAUCCUUUUCUUGGAGACAUUCUUGCCCUUGUUUCAGCAGCUUUAUAUGCUGUUUAUAUCACCCUUAUUCGCAAGAAAAUGCCUGAUGAUGAUGGAAUGAACGGCCGUGCCAGCAUGGCUGAGUUUCUUGGAUAUGUCGGGUUUUUCAAUCUUUUUAUUUUUCUUCCUGUUGCCCUCGUAUUAAAUUUCACCGAGGUGGAACCAUUUCAUUCACUCACCUGGAAGCACCUCGGCCUGAUUAUUGGCAAAGGAUUGCUGGAUAACGUACUGAGUGAUUACUUGUGGGCCAAGGCUGUUCUUCUAACAUCAACGACAGUGGCUACUGCUGGACUUACGAUUCAGGUGCCGUUAGCAGCCAUCGUGGACAGUUUGACUGGCCAUGCACCUGGCCAGCUGGAUUGCCUCGGAGCAGUAGCUGUGAUGAUUGGCUUUGCCGGAAUCAAUAUUCCCUCUGAUGCUUUCAAAAGCUCAAGAGAAGCGAGCGUUGAGUUGGAAAACGAUAGCGUGAAUUCCACUGCUCUAGCCAACAACCAAAAUUCAGUCGCCAUGUCAUAGCGGCUUUUACGUUGUACUGGUUACUACGGGUACGGUUCAUUUUAUUUACCGCGUCCGUCGGAGGGCGUAUUUUUGCGACUGUUCCACAUCAACUGCAGUAACUUAAACGUGUUACUGUAUCUGUAUCGUAUUCAAACAAGAACAUGAAAGUUUAAAAAAGGACUUCAGGUUUGCACCGGCAGAUAAAAGUAAAAUUGGCAUU